AAUAUAUACAAUUAGAGGACCAAUCUCUAGAGAUAAAAUGGAUGAAGGCGAAACAUGGGGUGGCUUCAACGACUGGGAGCAAGUCAAAGUCCCAACACAUUCAAGCUCAAUCCAUCAUCAGUCCACACCACCAGCUGAACCAGACAUUGUUCAUCGAGGACUCGAAAUGUCAUCGGGUGAUGAAGCAGAGGUUAAUUCAUCAGUCGCCUCUAACAAUGGGGAUGAACCUAAUUCAGGGCCUUUGAAGAAAGCCAACGAGUUUGGUCGAAUCCUGAGUAAUGGGGUAGUAAAAGUUGCUGCUAGACUUGGAUAUUAUUUGCGGAUUUUGCCUUUUGGGGCAACUACUGGUAUUUUAGCCGCUUUGUUGGUGCCAUUUGUGUAUGCUAAAAUGAGGAAAUGGCGUGCAAGAGUCAAGGAAGAGAAGAAGGAUCCCUUGAUUCUUUUGAUUCAAGAGAAAGACCAGAUGAUCAACAAGCUGCUUAUUCAAAUUGCUCAUAUGAAAGAGCUGAUAUCUACACGACGCAGGGUUCCAGUGCUUCGAGUCUAAAUCUAAAUGUUUAUGCUUGUUAUAGAAUAUAUCACGACCCGGCCCGCGAUCCGGUCAGUUGACUUGAAACAGUUCGUGAUCCAGUAUGUUGACCCAAAUCAGCUCACCAGCCUCCAGUAGUUUGCUAACUUAUUGGCUCCCUACCUCUCUAUAAUAGCUCAGCACAUCGUGGUACGGUCUCGUAUACUGCAGGAUUUCAGCAAAGAUAUCUCUAAAGAUAUAUGUCAAGCCUAAAAGAUGUAACAUGUCAUUAUGCAUGUUACCUAAUUACCCCUAACACAUCACAUCAAGUAGUUGUACCUUAUAAAUAUGGAGAAUGACCUCAUGGAACUGUAAAAAGGACCAUUAACAAUGCUAUAGGAUGUUAAUUAUUAAUGCUACUAUAUAUGUUUGAUUUUUGGUUUAGUCAAAUUAAUUAAAUUCAUUGUGUAAAAAAAUUUCAACUAUUAAAUGAA